UUCGAGAAGAUGAAAACGAAAAAAAGAAUUACGAAAGACUGAGAAAAUUUCCUAAUAAAAUAAACAUAGAAAUAACCUAAUAUCCACCUAAUUAUAUAAAAAAAUCGCCCGAAAUAUUAAAAUCAGAAUAUUUAAAAGAAGAAGAAAAACAAAUAACAUAUAAACAAACAGAAAAGGAAAAACUGCGUUAAAAAAUGAGCGAAAUAUUUAAUUUAGGUUAAACUGAAAACAUAAUAAACCCAUAUAAAAACUAAAACAAAACUAAAAGUUUAAAUAUAUAAGAUCCAAUAAGAAAUACACUAAAUAACAAUAUUGAAAUAAAAAAUUACGAGCCAAAUACUUUCUAUUAAAAUUAAAAAAAAAUCUCAUAUUCAAUAUAAAACAAAGAAGAAUACAAUUUAAACUAUUCUGCAUAGCAGACACUCCAAAACAAAUCUAAUAAUUUACAAACUACUUAAAUUUAAGGUCUUUUUUAACUACAAGUUAUAAACUCUUUUAUUGAAAAUUACUUCGAUUCUAUUUUUAUAGACCAAAACGAAGAAAAUGUUUAAUAAUUAAGAGAAAAUUAUAUCAAACAUAUAAAAAAUCAUUUAAAAAAUAACCCAAAACACACUGGAUUUACAAAAUCAAGAAUUUUAAUUAUAUUACCAUUUAAAGGAGAUGCUGCUUAUUUAUUAGAUUUAUUAGAAAAACAGUUUUCUUUUAAAUAAUAACAAGAUUCAACUAAAAAAAGACUUAUAGAAGGAUAUUUUGAUGACGAUAAAUAAAGAGAAGAAGUUUUCAGAAUCGGAGUAAAAAUUAAAGAAAAUUCACUGAAAUAUUUUGUUCCUUUUUCCAAUGAUGAUAUUAUUAUAGCUUCUCCUUUAGGAUUAAAACUAUCUAUAAAUAAAACUAGUACAAAAGAUACAGAUUUUUCAUUUUUAAGUAGUUUAGAAAUACUUAUUGUAGAUCGUGCUCAUGUUAUUUUAAUGUAAAAUUGGUAACAUAUGUAUGAUAUAUUACCUUUACUUAAUAAAAUACCUAAACAUAAAUAAACAACGAAUAAUUUAUAGGACAUUGAUAGUAUAUAUUUAGAAAACUUAUCGAAAUUUUAUCGUUAAACUAUAAUUAUUAGCGAGUUUUAAUUCCCUGAACUAAAUAAUUUUCGAGAAAAUACUGUCAAAACUAUAUAGGAAGCGUAGUCAGAAAACAGUACUAUUUUGAUAAAGAAUAUGAGAAAAAAACGCAUUAGAAUUUAUAAAACUAGAAGAUAUAAUGAGUCCAAACUAAGAUUUAGAAAAAAGGUUUGA